AUGUAUCCCAUGUUCCAAAUUCGUGAUGUGGGGUCAGGCCUGAGGGACGCCGAAUUCAUCACGGUAGCUUUUGACUCUUCUCUGCCAUUCCUCGACGAGACUGGCAACGCAGGACAAUGGGGAACAGUUCCUUUCUCAGAGAGAAAGGGCUUCUUGGAAGCCACCCGGGAAGAUAUCAAGCAAUCAGAAAUCUUCAAACUUAGCGGCCAAGGCGAGCGGCGACGAAUUUUCAUCGCAGAGAUUGAGGAAACAAACUCCGGGACUGACCUCGUGGAACUUCACCGCCGGAAGGAUGAUCAUACGGGCAAGACCUUUGUCUCAGUGGGCGCUGCGAUGAUUCUCGACGAUGAAUUUGCAAGUCACAUACGCUCUAUUGCUGUUCUGGAGCCCUAUAUCGCUGCUGCUGAGAAACGUGGUGGCUUUGUGUUUCUGGACUUCCUUAUCACAGAUCAUCGCGUACCAUCAGCCCAGCGUAAGGGCGCCGGGUUGGCAUUGCUAGAUCAUGUCAAGACCUACGCGUCUGAACACGGGAAACGAGGCAUUUUUCUCGAUUGCUGGACCGGAGGUACAGACAAACUGGUCAGGUACUACGAAAGCGCUGGCUUCAGUCCAGUACAAGACUUUGAGUAUAAUAAGAAGAGCGGGGAUGUAUGGCCCGGUAGACUAUUUCGACUUGAUUCAGCUUCUAUACUACCUUGA